CGUUCUGCUCAAGACGAGAAGCUAAUCGAAGCCAUCUUCCAAACGAACCUACCCUCUAUUGAUGGGCAAACAGUCUACGGAUCAACACAACGCAAUCUGAUCGUAGACGCACGUCCAACUGCAAAUGCCAUGGCCAACAGAGCAAUGGGAGCAGGAACCGAACAUAUGGAGAAUUACAAAAAUUGCCAGAAACAGCACAUGGGCAUCGAUAAUAUUCAUGUGAUGAGAGAAUCUUUGGCGAAGAUGGUUGAUGGUAGACUUGUUAAUGUCAGGAUUUUUGUUGGGGACAGCAAAAUAGAAGUUAGACCUUUGGGAGUUUUCUUUUUAUUAAUUCAAUCAUCCGAUAUCCAGCGAACACCAAUAAAACGUUCUCAUUUGGACAAAUCCCACUGGCUCAAGCACAUAAGUAGCCUUCUCGAAUCAGCCGUGAUUAUAAUUAAUCAUAUCCACGUUUUCAACUCACACGUACUAGUCCAUUGCUCAGACGGAUGGGAUCGCACGGCACAAUUGACAUCCAUAGCUGAACUCUGUCUCGAUCCUUACUAUCGUACACUUCGUGGGUUUCAGGUACUCGUCGAGAAAGACUGGAUAUCGUUCGGCCACAAGUUUAGCGAUCGUUCAGGACAUUUGUCGAAUGAGAAAUACUUUAUCACGAUAUCAAGCAACAAUGCCAAGAAUGCAGUAAUGUCAAUGAAUAAUUUAUACAAUCAAUCACACGUUAGAGAAACGUCGCCAGUGUUUCACCAAUUUCUAGAUUGCGUUUAUCAGUUGUUGUGUCAAUAUCCAGAUAGGUUUGAGUUUAAUGAAAAGUUUCUGAUUGAAAUGCAUUAUCACGUGUAUUCAUGUCAGUAUGGGACAUUUUUGUUCAACUCGGAAAAGGAACGGGUACAGUAUAAUGUGAUGGCAUCCACCAAUUCGUUGUGGGACUAUAUCAACUCAAAAGCAGAAGAGUUUACUAAUGAAUUAUAUGAUGGAGGAGCCAAGGAUAAGGAAAAGCUGGGGGAUGGAGGAGUGCUAUUUCCCAAGACAAAGCCAAGUGAUUUGAAGUAUUGGGCCGGGUUGUUUGGUAAGAAAGACGAGGAAUUGAACGGUAACAAUGACGAUACUCUGGAUGAUAGAUUAGACAACAAAUCAAGAUGGAGAUCAGAGAGCCCCAUACCUCGUUCAUCAUCUAGCCCGAAUGUAAUGGGCGAGGUGUUUGGUGCACACGAAGAUAAUGGUCUGGGCGGAAGCCUGCACACAAAGUCCUCUUCGUUAUUACCAUAUCAGUUAUAUGAUCCUUGGAGAGAUAGCGGUGACAGUAAGGGGAUUGAAUCCGAAAGGAAAAUACGACACAAGUCAAGUGGCAGUGAUCUUAACGCCAAAGAAUUAGUGCAGAACUUUGCUAGAGUUACAUUAAAUUGGGGCUCGGCUGCUUAUUCUAAUUUAACCGCCAAAGUCAGCGGAGAUACGGGAGCUGUUGAGACAACUGCAGAAAACAAGAGACGAUCGAUAGCAACCAAUGGGCAACCGAACGAGUCAACAGGAAGCAAUGUUCCGGAAAUCGGAUCCAUGCGAGAACUGACCGCGUUUACUGCAACAAACACUCCGGACGCGGGAGAUUCACCAAGUAGAUCGUCAUCAUCAUCCCACUCUCCUCCAUUAUCUCCGUUAUCGCCUACAUCGGCAGCACCGUCAUCGCCCUCUUCCUCAUCCAAUCCAUUUUCUUUUCAAUCUCUAUCGACACCAUCAACUCCGACACUCCGGCCCUGGCAAGCCAUAUCUAACGCGUUCUCGACAUUAUCAUCAUCGACACCAUUAUUUCAAUCGAACUCAGCCUUGUCGAGAGACAAUCACAGUUCGUAUCCGCCAGAAGGGAGAUCAGGCAAUGGCGCGAGCACUACACCACCUUCAUCGCCGAGGUUGAGAUCGGCAAUAAACGAGAGCAGGGUGCGAUCGAAUUCAACGUCACCUUUGGCCACGCCUCCGAUUACAGGCUUUGGAGGGAUUUGGGGAGAUGAUGAAGAGAAGGGGGAGAAAGGCGGAGGAAUUGAUCGGGGCAGGGAUGGGGAUGUUGGUGGGAAUGGGGGGAGUACGGGCGGUACAAGGAGGAAGGUCUCGAUUACAGAGCCAGUGCCUACAACAAGUGCGGAAAACUUGCCUCAUCCAUUAACAUAG